CAAAAUCCGUGAGCCAGCCCCGUCCGUGCAGAGGGGAGACGCUCGCGUUCCGCCAGCUUUCUGCCGUUACCGAGAGCGCGCGAGGGGGGACUUUUCCAUUUCUCUCGCUUUUUUUGGAGGAUUUUAACGCAUUUUUAUUAUUAUUCGUUCGGGGCCAGAGAGCGGAGAAAAAAAAAAAACGGGUUACUUUGGAGAAAGCACAAUGUCAGCGACCUUCCCCGGACUUGUCCACGACGCAGAGAUACGUCACGACGGAUCAAACAGCUACAGGCUCAUGCAGCUCGGUUGCCUGGAGUCCGUGGCCAACUCCUCGGUCGCCUACUCCUCCUCCUCCCCGCUCACCUACCCGGCGCCGGCGGGGACGGAGUUCGCCUCGCCGUAUUUCUCGGCCAACCACCAGUACACGCCCCUCCACCACCAGUCCUUCCACUACGAGUUCCAGCACUCCCACCCGGCCGUGGCCCCGGAGGCCUACGGGCUGAACUCGCUGCACUCGGGCCAGUACUACCAGCAGAUCCACCACGGAGAGCCCGCCGACUUCAUCAACCUGCACAACGCGCGCUCGGCCCUCAAGUCCUCCUGCCUGGACGAGCAGCAGCGGCGCGAGCUCGGCUGCCUCGACGCUUACCGGCGCCAUGACCUGUCGCUGAUGACGUCACACGGCUCCCAGGCCUACGGCGUCGGUAUGCACCACCCGGACCAGAGGCUGCUGCCCGGCGCCGGCCUGGGUCUCCCUACGCCCGCUUCAGACGACCUACAGGGCUCCGUGGAAGCGCAGUGUGGGCUCGUGCUGAACGGCCAAGGGGGCGUCAUCCGGAGAGGAGGGACAUGCGUGGUGAAUCCUACAGAUUUGUUCUGCUCGGUACCGGGCCGACUGUCGCUGCUCAGCUCCACCUCCAAGUACAAAGUCACCAUUGCUGAGGUGAAAAGAAGACUGUCCCCACCAGAGUGCCUCAACGCCUCCCUACUGGGUGGCAUACUGCGCAGAGCAAAGUCUAAGAACGGAGGCCGGUGUCUUCGUGAGAAAUUAGACCGUCUAGGCCUCAACCUGCCGGCAGGACGGAGGAAAGCUGCCAACGUCACACUGCUCACCUCCCUGGUGGAAGGUGAGGCGCUCCACCUGGCGAGGGACUUUGGCUACACCUGCGAGACAGAGUUUCCCAGCAAGGCAGUGGGAGAACAUUUGGCGAGGCAGCACAGUGAGCCUAAAGAAACCAGCGCACGCAAGAAAAUGGUUCUGGCUACAAAGCAAAUCUGUAAGGAGUUCCAGGACUUAUUGAGCCAAGAUCGUUCUCCUCUGGGCUCCUCCAGACCAACCCCCAUCCUGGACCUGGACAUCCAGAGACACCUCACACACUUCAGCCUGAUCACUCACGGGUUCGGCACUCCGGCGGUCUGCGCGGCUCUCAGCACCUUCCAAACGGUCCUGAGUGAGAUGCUCAACUACCUGGACAAAAACUCGAGUGGGAAAACAAGUGGACCCACCGACCAACAGAUCAACAACAGCUCAGAAAAAACGCAGCUCCGGAAAACAGCCGAGCCCCAGAGCAAAGACGGGAAAACAGAAAAGACUGAGUAGCCCCCACCCAGCCGGUCCCCGUGCCUUGGAGCAUUUAGGAGUGUGUGUGUGUGUGUGUGUGUGUGUGUGUGUGUGUGUGUGUGUGUAUAUAUGUGUGUGUGUGUGUGUGUGUGUGUGUGUGUGUGCUCUCAGAAAGGAGUUGUUAAUUCCCAUGCAUUACUGCGUCUUCUUUGGGACAAUUCAUAUUUAUUGUAAUUUAUUUAUCUUAUGUUUGAAAUGUAACACUGACCUGAACUGUCCCAGACAAGACAUCCUGAUGUGUGUGUGAAGGUAACACAUCCUGUUUAGGUGUGUGUGUUUGUGUGUGUGUGUGUGUGUCUGUCUGUCUGUCUGUCCGUCAUGACAAGGAGGAGCCUCACUAUGGAGACGGCUGUGACUCAUCCAAGACUUUUAUUUGUUCAUUUAUUAAUUCUAAAAACAGGAAGUAAAUACGGACAUGCUGACAGCACAGUUUUCCAGGACAGGGGUGGUAACUGCCAACACAAAAUAACACACAUGUUAAAGGUUUUGGGCAAUUUGAGCUCAAUUCAGCUAAUUCAGAUGUGGAUUUUCUGCAGCAACACAAAAACUGAAAAAAAAAUGUUGUCCUCAGAAGGUUAAUUUAAUCUGUUUUGUAUUAAAUUAUUACAAAAUCUGUCAUAAUCAACCAAAGUCCUAAUUUUGCUUCAUUUCUCAGUCGACUGAAUUGAAAUAACUUUCAAUAACUGAACUUCCAAACAGUUUUAUCAGAUUAAAUUGAAAAAGAAAUUACUCUGACCCAAACCCUUAUACAUGCAAACUCAAAAACACUGUUUUCCAACCCCCCCUGUACCUGUGAGAACACUUGAACCUCACCAAGCAGACCUAUUUUCAUGUCGUACAAUCAGUGCCAUAGCAACCAGUGUGUUUACCAUGUGGUCGACAGAGGAAAAAGGGACUGUUUCUGGAGACUGACGCCACUGCCUGGGGUAGGCUACACACUGUGGUGUGUCUGUGAAUGUGUGUGAAUGCGUCUUAGUUUGUGGAAGAGAUAAAGACAAGAGUGAAAGAGAGAGAGAGAGAGAGAGAGAAGGGUCCAACUCAGCCAUUUUGUAAAAGGUGACUUUGCGGUUGCCGUCGUUACUCUUCCCUGUGCAUGUCUAUCUUUGUACACUCCCCAGAUCGCAAGUUUAGCCGACACAAGCUCUCUGACUCGCUCAUGAACAUUUGUAAAGAUAUAUAUAAAUAUUUAAAUUACUUUUCUUGUAGGCUUUCAACUAUAUAUAUGUUAAAUCCCUACCUUCUAAAAUGCUGGUGUUCAAUAAAGACAGUUGCUACGUGUUCUACUA